AUGACAGCAGUCAAUACUUCCAUGUCCAUCAGAUCGCUGUUGAACCCGCAGCAAGAAGAUGCAGAUAUCAAGGGGCGACGACACCCUUUUGACUCCUCGAUUCGACGCUUGCAAAUCAACAUUACCAAGGACACGCAGGCUGGUCGUCGGCAUCAACUCCCGCCAAAGACACAUCACGGCAGUCAUGAGCAAAGAUAUCUCACAAAGAUCGGCGGUAGCAACAAGGAACUACAACGAAAAGCAUCAGUAGGGAGGCACAAAUAUGAAGAUUCUAACUUGGUCUUCAGCGCCUACUCCACCUCAACCACAAUAAGUGGACAUCGAAGACCACCUCGGCCAAGAUACACGCGUGAAGAAAUGCAUUUCAUCUGGUACCACCGUGUAGAUCUUGAGAAAGAAUGGCCAGAUUGCAUAGCGGCCUUCAACGAACACUUUUGCAGCCAGGGGCACACAAAGCGAAACAUACCGGGAAUCCAAUGCAAAUUCUACCGUUUUAUUAACGCUCAGAAAUGCCCCACGGUGCAGAAGCCGCAACGUUCCAAGAACAGAAUUUUACCCGAACAUGGUGUUGUUGACUGGUGUCGCGUUUCGUAUCCCUGGAUGAAAGCUGAGGGUGGGGGUAGUUAAUUAGUGUUGGCUUUGCUGUGACUGACUUGGUUCCUAUUCCUAUUCCAUGUUGAGUCUUCCUAUUGAUAUUGCAUAUCUAAUUCCAAAUGGGCAAAUACCUUGAAUCCGA